AAAAACACCAUCCUUUCGAAGAAUCCGCAAGGCUCAUCAUCUUGCCAUGGGGAAGCUGGCGGAGAGGCUGAGGACCUUCUCGAGGAACCGAUGGCUGGUGCUCGUGGCGGCAAUGUGGGUGCAGUCCAUGGCCGGCAUCGGGUACCUCUUCGGCGCCAUCUCGCCGGUGCUCAAGGCCACCCUCGGGUACGACCAGCGGCAGCUGGCCGCGCUGGCCGUCGCCAAGAACCUCGGGGGCUACGUCGGCGUCGUCGCCGGCACGCUCUCGGCCGCGCUGCCGGCGUGGGCGAUGCUGCUCAUGGGCGCCGCGCAGAACCUCCUCGGCUACGGCUGGCUCUGGCUCAUCGUCGACGACCGGGCGCCGGCGCUGCCCAUCUCUAUGAUGUGUGUUCUCAUAUUUGUUGGAACCAACAGCGCGACAUACUUCAACACAGCUUCGCUCGUAACAUGCAUCAAGAACUUCCCAGCGAGCAGGGGCCCAAUGGUGGGGAUCCUGAAAGGAUUUCUGGGCCUAACCAGCGCCAUCUUGACACAAAUUUAUGCAGUAAUGCACACAGCAGAUCAGGCCAAACUUGUCCUGAUGGUUGCGGUCGGACCGGCAUUGGUCGCCAUUGCCAUGAUGUUUGUUGUCAGGCCUGUCGGAGGCCACAAGCAGGCACGGCCGUCAGACAAGAAGAGCUUCAUGUUCGUCUACACCGUCUGCUUGCUCCUCGCCUCGUACCUCGCCGUCGUCAAGCUAGCCCAAGAUUUCCUGCGGCUGACUGACAACGUGGUUAAAGUUCUGACGGUGAUUCUGUUCGUGCUCCUUGUUUCGCCGAUUGCAAUCCCUGUGGCCUUGACGAUGACGUCGAAAUCGGAACUUUCGAUGGAAGAGGCUCUCCUGUCUGAACCAUUGACAGCAGAGUCAAGCAGUUCACAAGAAGAGGGAGGCCAUCGACAGUCCAUUUUAACCGACGUAGAAGAGAAGUCUAAGGACACUGAUUCAUUGCCUCAAUCUGAAAGGAGGAACAGGAGACGUCUACACCUUGGGGAGAACUUCACCAUGAUGCAGGCGCUGGUGAAGGCUGACUUUUGGCUUAUUUGGGUAUCGUUCUUGCUUGGGUCAGGACCAGGGCUGACAGUGAUCGACAAUCUUGGCCAGAUGAGCCAGGCAGUUGGAUUCAGAGAUGUGCAUAUCUUCGUGUCGCUGACGAGCAUAUGGAACUUCCUUGGCCGUGUUGGAGGUGGCUACUUCUCUGAGAUCAUCGUCAGGGAGUAUGGAUACCCAAGGCACACAGCACUGGCAAUCGCUCAGAUCCUGAUUGCUUCCGCGCAGUUCCUCUUCGCCAUGGCUUGGCCUGGAACAAUGUACAUCGGGACCUUCCUGGUCGGACUCGGAUACGGAGCUCACUGGGCGAUCGUGCCGGCUGCUGUCUCUGAACUCUUCGGCGUAAAACACUUUGGCGCCAUGUACAAUUUUCUCUCGCUAGCGAACCCCACGGGAUCGCUCAUCUUCUCAGGUCUCAUCACCAGCACGCUGUACGACUAUGAAGCCGAGAAACAGGCUCACCAACAUCAGGUCACGGGGUUGCUGUCUCCAAGAUUGCUUCAGAGUACAGGUUUUCUUACAGGUGGAUCACUGACGUGUGAAGGGGCCGUUUGCUUCUUUGUCAGCUCGCUGAUAAUGUCAGGGCUCUGCAUUGUUGGAGCCGGGUUGAGCCUCAUCGUUGUUCACAGGACCAGGCGGGUUUAUGCUGACCUCUAUCGGCCUGUCCGCACAUGAAAUUUUCAUGGAUAGAAAGAUGGCAAAUCUUCAUGCUGCUGUUCUAUGUACAGUACAUCCUUCGUAAAAAAAAACCUGCAUAUAAUGGCAUAUACACAAAUUUAUGAUUAUUUGCAAAUAAAUUAUU